CAACAACCAUGCUCCCCGUGCGACCUGCCUGAGGUACAUAUCAAGAAUAGCAUGCUGAUGCAGACCGAGAAGAAUGGUGCUAAGUGCUUCUGAAUCGGCUUUCCAUGCAAACCUAAUUCAUGAGGUCGGAUGAGCCUCCAUCACCCAUGUGAGAGUAGAAUCGUAAUUAAUGCCUUUCAAUCACCUCCAACUUCCAAGCGAUGUUAAGCCCCGCUCGAUGGUGACCAGCUCUUGCGAGCCCAGACUUUAAAAUGACACUCCCAAUUGCCCUCUAACAUUUGUUGUAUUCCCCAAAAGCAUCAUCACAAGCUUUGUUUCUUCUUGACCUUGAUACCGAUCAAAUUUUUAGCCCGCACUUCGAGCAGCCCCCCACAAAAUCAGACUACUUACUUCAUCUAAGUCCACUACCAACCCCAUCAGACUCUAGGCCCGACUGGUCCAAUACUUUGCGCGUCUUUCUUCCUUUAUAUUCUUUCGCCCCUCAUCAUGUUCAGCCAUGAAAGCUUCGAGUUUAAUGAUUCCAAUGAGGCAUUUUCCGAGAUCAGUGGAAUGGAAAGUCUUUAUAGCGCCGAGGGCUCUACGCCCAAAGCGGAGUUCCCAAGACGAAAAAGACACAUGACUAGCGAGACCAUUGAGAAGCGAAAGCAGCAAAACAGGACGGCCCAAAAGGCUUUCCGCGAAAGGAAAGAACGACAUCUUCGAGAGAUCGAAAACCAAUUGACCUACAAACAGCAUCAGAUCCAGGCUAUCUGUGGACAGAACAGAUACCUCGAAGACAAGUGUCUCUUCCUCUCAAAUCAAUAUGAAAUCCUGGAAAAGAAAUUUCAGGACGUUCAAAAUCGGCUCAGGACUUUCGAAGAGUUUUCAAUCAAACAAAACCUUCCAGGCAGAUACGAUCCACUCAAUGGAAUUUUAGGGACAAUCAACCUGGAUGGUAGCAUCCAUCCCCACAAUUCUUUGCAGUAAACCAAACACCUAUUCCUACCAUUCUUCAUAGUGAAUUCUUCAUCUCCAUAGUUCUUCACAGCAAAUUAAGGGGAAGUCCCAUCACACCGCGAACACUACCUUGUACUUUCACUUUUAUUUAAGGACGAUUUGAUUCUAGUUUCCUUUUUUUCAUCUCCUGAUCAAGCCAGCUAUCUCUCCUUCUUGUUGAUUCACUGUCUUUCAAAGUUCCAAUCAUUGUAGCUUCCUUUAAUUCUCAUCCUCCUCUCCAAACAAAACGGAAUACAAAGUUGUCUCUGACGGAUUGCUUCGAGCGUCUUGAGAGACGUGUACGAUUUUGUCCUUCAAGGCAAAGCUCGUUGGUCUGCUACAAGGUUAAGCGCCAACGAAAUGGGAGGAUACAAAGUGAAAAAUGCAUUUCAAAGGUUAAGCAAUGGUCG